AUGAAGUUCAAUCCAGCUUGGAUCAAGCCGAGUUUCGUGCCGGUAGCUGUCAGUCAGCACGGCAGUGAUUCAGAAGCCGCCGCGGCGCCUGCUGAAUCGAAAGAAGUUCGACUGGCCCUGGGAAGACCUGACACGGCCGAUUCCGAUUCCGUGGGCGUCGAUGAGAACGCCCAAACCGGCGUCCAGAAAAUUGAAGCUACCACGUCCGCCUGGGGCCGAAACCAACUCGUUCUGGCCUACAUUCUGAUCUUUCUCAUUUACUUUGUCGAUUCGCUCCAGCAGCAGCUAACGUCGGUGUUGACUCCCUAUGUCACGAGUGACUUUCGAUUGCACUCCCUGACAGCAACGACGGGCAUCCUUUCUCAAAUCAUUGGUGGCUUGAGCAAGCUCCCACUUGCAAAGAUCUUGGACAUCUGGGGUCGCCCGCAAGGCUUCAUCCUCAUGGUGGCACUGCUCACUAUCGGCUUAGUUAUGAUGGCAGCGUGCCAGAAUGUCGAGACCUAUGCAGCUGCCCAAGUAUUCUACUGGGUCGGCUACAAUGGUGUCGGAUAUGCGCUCAGCAUCUUCAUUGCCGACACCUCUCAUCUCAAGAAUCGAGGAUUGAUGUUCGCCUUCGCCUCGUCCCCUUAUAUUGCAACCACCUGGGCAGGGGGUCCGGCCGCACAACGUUUUCUCGAGGGUGCUGGCUUCAGAUGGGGAUUUGGGACGUUUGCUAUUGUCACUCCAGCUGUCUGCCUACCUGUCUUCUUCCUCUUUGUUUUCAAUUAUCGCGAAGCCAAGAAAGCAGGUCUGAUGCCCACCCGCCAGAGCGACCGAACCAUGAUCCAGGCCAUCCAACACUACGCCAUCGAGUUCGACCUCUUCGGCCUGCUAUUGAUUACGGCUGGACUUGCGCUCUUCUUGCUCCCAUUCUCACUCUACUCCUACCAGGCUGAUGGCUGGCGCUCGUCCAUGAUUAUCUGCAUGAUCAUCUUUGGCGCGCUUCUGCUCGUCGGCUUUGGCCUUUGGGAGAAAUACUGCGCACCCAAGAAGUUCAUUCCCUGGGAGCUCUUCACGGAUCGGACUGUGGUUGGCGCCAACAUCCUUGCGGCCGUUCUCUUCGUCAGCUUCUACAUAUGGGAUUCCUUCUUCUACUCCUUCUUGAUCGUCGUGAACAAUCAGACAAUCACGCACGCCUCCUACAUCACCAACAUUUACAGUAUUGGCGCAUGUUUCUUCGCGAUCCCCGUGGGCAUGUAUAUCCGAUGGCGUGGACACUUCAAGAACAUCGCCCUGUUCUUUGGCGUGCCAUUGACCAUCUUAGGCGUGGCGCUUAUGCUGCGUUUCCGCCAGCCCAAUACCCACAUCGGGUACGUCAUCAUGUGCCAGAUCUUCAUCGCAUUCGCCGGUGGGACCUUGGUCAUUUGCGAACAGAUUGCCGUCAUGGCCGCGGCCUCUCACCAGCACGUCGCUGUUGUCAUCGCCAUCGAGGGAAUGUUUUCAUCUGUCGGUGGAGCAAUUGGAUCCACCAUUGCAACCGCCAUUUGGACAGGCAACUUCCGCGAGAAACUCAGCACGUACUUGCCGGCCUCGGCGCAGGGUGAUAUCGACUCCAUAUACGGCAGCUUGGUGGUGCAAUCAUCCUACCCUCCAGGAACCCCCACCAGAGAGGCCAUUAACAGGGCAUAUGGAGACACACAGAAGCUGAUGCUGAUAGCUUCGACGGCUUUCUUGGCCCUGGCCAUUGUGUCCGUCGCCAUGUGGAGGAACAUCUGCGUCAAGGAUAUCAAUCAGGUCAGGGGACGAGUAGCCUAG